AUGUUGAAGUUGUUAAAAGUGUAUCAUAUAUAAAAUUAUUUGAAUCUACUAAAGAAUCCAGACUUUAUUUAUAAUUUAUAUAAAGAAUUUAUAGUAAUUCCUAUUAUGAUAUUUAUGAUUUUAGAAUAAUUGUAUCUACUUGUUAAGAUAAUUGUUAAUAAUAUGAUGAUCAUGCAAAUUGUAUAAAUGAAAUCAAUAUAAUAAGUUUAGAUAUUAAUGGAUAUAAGGAUAUACAUUAUAUACUGA